CAAAAUAACCAGGCCAGCGCCAGUAGUCGAUUUCAGAGUUGGAGUCAGGCAGAGUCAGAGAGGAGUGUGAUUUUGUGCAAUGUCGUUCUCAAAGAUUUUAAUGAUAGCUACUGUUGGAGCUGUCUUGGUUGCCCUUAUCAUUAGAGACAACUUCGAUCCAGCAAGCAUUAAAGGAAAACGUGCAAUAGUGACGGGAGCAAGUACAGGUAUAGGGGAACAGAUAGCCUACUGGUACUGUAAGCUGGGAGCUAGAGUCUUGGUCACUGCUCGUAGAGAAGCUGUACUACAAAAGGUUGUGGAAAAAUGCAAAGAUCUUGGAGCAGAAGAAGCCUUCUACAUGCCUCUGGACAUGGGCCGCCUGAAUGACACAGAGGCACUCGUCAAAGAAGCAGAGAAGCGAUUUGGUGGACUGGAUUUCUUAAUUCUGAAUCACAUCUAUUCUAACUACCUCCACCUAUGGGGCAUUGAUGAGAUUGACCGUCUGCAGAAGAUUAUGGAUGUCAAUUUCCGUGCGUAUGUGAGCCUAGCAACUUAUUCCACCCCAAUGCUAGCAGAGAGCAAGGGAAGCAUAGGGGUUGUGUCUUCAGUGGCAGGGUUAAUAUCAGUGCCUUUAUACCCAUCAUAUAGUGCCAGUAAAUUUGCCCUCCAUGGAUUUUUUGGAUCCUUACGUCAUGACUAUUACUUCCAACACAUGGAUAUUUCUAUUACAGAACACAUCAUUGGUCCAAUCAAUACAACCAAUGCAGUGAAGUUUUCCAAGGGUGUUUACGAGCCUUCUAUGUUCAGCACUACUUCAGUGGAUACAGCAUACCGGAUCAUAGAAGGCACAGCUAUGAGAGAGAGAAUGGUUUUCUUUCCUAGAUGGGUGCAGCCAAUCACUAUGGUUCGGGAUCUAAUUCCUCGGUUUGUUGAGAAUAUGAUGAGAGCACGCAUCACAGACGAUGCUAUUGAAAAUAUGAAAAAAAUCCCUAAUACUUGAUGUCAGCAUGAGACUGACUAGCCUGUAUUUUGAAAUCUGGUGUCGUUUAAAUCAUGGAUAUCAAUUUUGGUUUGUUUGAAUAAUUGGGUGUUUCCAUCAGGCCCUGUGAUCACAUAAACCCUACCUUUCAUAAAAAUAUCUCACCUUGUUUUCAAAAGGUUGGAUCUACCACUUUCAAAAUCCAUGAAAGUAAUUCCAUGAUAUAUUUACAGAGUACGUUCUCAUAAUGGUAGACCCAACAUUUUAAAAAGAAGAUUGGAUGUUUUCCAUAAUGGGGUAGGUUUUCCAUUUAAUCAAUUAUCAGAUAGUAUUAAAGCUGGUUUUACUAUGGGUAGUAAAAAAUUUCUGAACUGUUAUGCAAUUUUUGACAUUUAUGUAAUUUGAAACCACUGUAAACACGAAAUAUCCAAUCAAUUGUAUCUGUGAUUAUUAUAUGUUAAAAAAACAUGAACUAAAAAAAAUGAUAGUACUGGUAGACAUUUUCUCUUUCUAUGUUGCACAACCCAGAGCCCUGUAACAUGAAAAGGGUACACAUUACUUUAUGGCAAACAGGGAGGGAUAUCCUUCCAAAAAGCAAUAUGAAGGCCCCAUUGUGUAAAGGUUACUAUGAUAGUAACUUUGUAAUCCAAUGGUAACUACCGUGGUAACAUGGUCCAACAGCCAAUCAAAAUCAAGGAUUCCAUGCUAGUCACUAUUGCAUGGCAAAGUUACCAUAAUAAUAGCAACUUUUGUGUGACGAGUACUGAGCAGAGCACUGAUGGGAUUACUUCUGUUGGUAUCAGUUGACCCUAAAUGAGGUAAAAUCAAUUCUUAUAUUUUCAUCCUGUGUUUGAGCUUUACUUUCAGUGCUCAUUCAUGGCUGGCCAGAGAUAUGUAUACAGCUGCUCAACUUGGGUAGGCCAGACAGAAUGUUGCUGUGGCUCAUUGUAACUAGUUGAAAGUGAUUUAGAUCUAUCAUAGUCUUGAUGAGCAGGCAGCAACAUAGAAAAUAAACUUUUUUUACCAUGAGAAGAGGACAAGUAGAAGUAAAAAAAAAAUCAAUCAAUUAUGCUCAUCCCUUGACUGCACACAGUGUAGUAUGUGCAUUUAAGUUUUCUGCAUGAUUCAAAUGGGUGUGUUGUGAUUGGGAGGGUUCAAUAAGAAUGUUUCUGAUCUAAAUAUAUGCUCCCUUUUUAUUCCAUCCUCAAAACCUUGUUGGUGCAAUGUUCCUGAAUUCAACUGAUCACUGUCCUGCUCUCCACUGAUCUAAUGAGUUUUAGAUCAUGAUAAUGGAGCAGCCCUUCAGUGAAUCGGCUUUUGUGAAUUGGUUCCGAAAGCAAUGUUUCUUUACGAUUUUGAAUACUUUGUAUUGAUAUGUUGAUGUCCAUGAAUUGCUUCUCUUGUCUCCAAUUUCAUAAUGGACUUAUGAUUAUGGACCAUAGUAACAGGGCUCAAGAUAUCAUAAUUGUAAGUGUAUAUGAAAUAGGACCUAGGCCUCCUGUAUGUUCAAGGAGAACACAAAAUUGUAUAUUUCAAUAUUGCCAAAGUUGAAAUUAUUUGAGUGGAAUAAAUCAAUGGUUUUGACACAUUUGCCUAGCCAUAGAUAUGUUGAGACAUAUUGCAAGAUUAUAAACCAGAGUUUGACAUACAGGCAAUUAUUCAUAUUCAGAAAGAUCAAAUACAAGAGGUGGUUAACCAUGUCUUGUAUAAUUUAAUCUUUAUAUCUAAACCAAAAAAAUUUGAUUGUUUAUGAUUGAACAAUAAAACCUAGUCAAGUAUUAUAACAUUUUUUCUUACAGUUAAUAUUUCAAUUUCCCAACAGUAUUAAAACGGUAAAUUGCCAAUUCGUCCACU